CGGCGGCGGAGCGAGCUGCGUGUUCGCUUUCUUCCGUGCCUCACCCGCGCCGUUCUGCACAGGGCCGGUCCCGCGGCACGCGCCAAAUAGCAAUCAUGAGUGAUCGAAAGGCAGUGAUCAAGAAUGCGGACAUGUCAGAAGAGAUGCAGCAAGAUGCUGUGGAGUGUGCUACUCAGGCCUUGGAGAAGUACAACAUUGAGAAGGACAUUGCUGCUCACAUAAAGAAGGAGUUUGACAAGAAAUACAAUCCCACUUGGCACUGCAUCGUGGGAAGGAACUUUGGCAGCUACGUGACUCAUGAGACCAAGCACUUCAUCUACUUUUACCUCGGCCAAGUCGCUAUUCUUCUUUUCAAGUCUGGUUAGAACCAUGGGCUGUUACUGAAACUUGCAUCCGGUUACAGGACUGUGUGCUGACUUCUCUGACUAAUUACUGCAGCCUUCCUGAGGACGCAGACCUUGAUCUUCAAGGGCAAUGGCAGGGAUUAUGCUAUAGCAGAUGAUGGUUACAUUGUGGACAUAAAAAGGAAAAAUACCAAAAAAGUCUUCCUUGUAUUUAUUUUUUUUCAGAAGGCUGCCUCUUUGCUACUAGAGCUGUUGGAGCAGUUUUGCCUUUGAGAGUUUUAUAGCCCUCUACAGUAUUGCCCAAUUACUGCUUGUGCUGUGUAAGUACUGACAGUGUUUAGAUCUUUCUGUUGCAAACCUCUCCUAUUCUUCCGAUUUGUUUUUUGGUCAUUUUUUCCCUCUUGUUUUGCUGGAUGUGCUGCCCCAAAGCCUGAGGUGUUUCUUCUUGUGCUGCUGCCUCUCGGAGAACCGCUUUGGAAAAUAAAGGACAAGA